AUGCUAGGUCCAGCGCACCAUCAAGGCAGCCUCAACAACGACAAGUACAGGGCUAGAUGGUCGUCCUCACAUGAAGGCCAAGAGUGCAACCCGUUCGUGGGAUGGGCUCUGGCCCGCAAGGGCAAUGCGACAUCCAACGUCACCUACAACCCUGACGACCCGCCCUCGGCGUACAGCAACCCGUCCAUCCACAGUCGUAUCCAGGCGUACACAGAGAUGGGAAGACAGGUCCAUGGGGCAGACUGGGAUCCGAGGACCCAGCCCCUUGAUGCAGAAGUCAUUAUGAGGGUGGGAGGAGCAAGAAACAUGGGCGCUACUACAUUGGUGACGGCCUUUUAG